AGCCGCAGUGAACAGCUCUCAGUGUUGGGACGCAGCCCGCAGACUGUCGCCAUGGUGACAGCCUGACUCUGCUGUCGGCGGAUCUGAAGGAAAGUUUGACCUGAAGUGACGGAGAAGAUGAACUCGGCGGUGUCACAGCGUCCCACUCGGCCUUUUCUACCUGAGAUCACUCCCAACAGAAACAAACGGAGGAAGAGUACACACCACAGCAGGAUGAAGGAGUCUCCUCCAGCUGGUCUGGGUUCUGAUAACUCGCCUCAGAUCGUUUCAAAGGCCGACAUCUCAAAGUUCAGGAACAGUUUAAAGCAGAACACCUGUGUGGAGCUGCUGCAGGAAGGCUUCCACAGGUCGUUCUCAGAGUUGUUCUUUCUGCUGAAGCGGGACCAGGAUCGGAGGGAGUCCGCUGAACCAGGAACAGCCCUCUCGCUGCAGACUCCUCUGGAGGAACAAAGAGACAAAGUAGAGACCCUGAGACGUUACCUGAGCUGGGCUGAGGAGGCGGAAAGAACCAGUUCCUGGACGGUGGUCUGUGAACACCGUCUGUCUCUGGGCGAGUAUUUCUCGUCUCCGGAGGAUCUGUGGCUCAGUUUGCACUUCUAUCACAGCUGUGCCGACAAAGAGUACGGAGGACGCUCCAGACCAGCCUCCGAGGCCCGGGCACGCUUAGCAGAACUCUACCUGCAGACAGGUGAUCUGGAGCGGGCGCAGCAGCAGGCGGAGCUGUGCAUCCAGCAGGCGGUGGACGGAGGCUUUCUCGACUCUGACGGUCAGUCCCUGAAGUUACGAGGCUGCAAAGUGCUGUGGAGGAUCUACAGCGGGAUGGCGGACUCUCUGGUGGACGCUGAGGAGUACAACGAGGCCCUGACGCUGCUCCACAGAGGAUUCAACACGGCUGCAGCGUGUGAGGACAAAAAGGUGGAAGCAGAGGCCGCCUUCCAACUGGGACUGACCAAUCAGAGAGCAGGAGAUCACAACAACGCCAAACAGUUCUUCAACACUUGCAUGCAGAUUUACGGCACUCUGGAGGAUGCAGCUGGACUUGGAAAGUCCUACAUGGCUAUGGCCAAGUCUCUCGAGAGUGAGGAGAACAUCGAUGAGACAGUUCAGUGUCUGGAGAAGUUAGCGGACAUCUCCCGGAGCGGCGGGCUACUAAACCAGCUGGUGGAAGCCUACCUGAGUCUGGGCAGUAUAUACUAUAAAAGGAGUCAGUACAGCAGAGCGUGUGAGUUCUUCCUGCAGGGUAACGAGGUGGCCUGUGAGCUGGGAGACGUCCCUCUGCUGGAGAAAGCACAGGUCUUCGUUGGCACUGCUCGCGCUCACUGCCUGAUGGCGAGGUACACCGCAGACGUGGAGUCGACUGCACCCGCCGCCGUGCAACGUCUCCUGACCUGGAAAAAGAGCAGACAACUUCAAGACUUCAGUUCAGACUCUAUGAACUAACGAUGCUGAGGAACACGGCUGUUAUUUAUAAAUGAACUACAAAACAGAACUACAUCGAAUACGUUUGAAUCCUCGUCUAAUCCCCUGAAAUGUAACAAAAUGUAUUUGUAUGCUUUGUUUGUUUUCAUUACUAACUUUGAAUAAAUUACCACUGUUUAAUCUUUAAA